AUGUUGCCGUUUGCGACUCGAUGCGGCGCAGCGCGCGCGCGUUUACGUCGUCAGCUUGCGCACUUGCCGUGCCGCCGCUUGACGUCGUCGCUCGCUCCACUGACGCAGCUCUCAGAGGAGGAGACGAUGUUCAAAGAGACCGUCGCGAAGUUUGCGGCCGACGUGGUGGCUCCUCACGUCCGUGCGAUGGACUUGGCGGGCGAGAUGGACCAUUCGAUCACACGCGCUCUGUUUGAGCACGGACUGCUGUCGGUGGAGAUCCCGGCCGACUUUGGCGGUAGCGAGGCUUCGUUCAUGAGUCUCUGUUUGACGAUUGAAGAGCUGUCCAAGGUGGAUCCAGUCGUGGGGCUGCUCGUGGAUCUGCAGAAUACUGUCGUGAACAACGUCUUUUUGCUGCACGGCACGGAGGCGCAGAAGGAAAAGUAUCUGCCGAGAUUGAGUACCGACAUGAUUGGGAGUUUCUGUCUGACGGAGGCGGGGUCCGGCAGUGACGCGUUUGCCUUGAAGACAAAGGCAGAAGCGUCGGCGGAUGGAAGUUACUACUCGAUCACGGGACAGAAGAUGUGGAUCUCGAAUGCAGAGUACUCGGGCGUGUACUUGGUGUUUGCUAACGUCAACCUGUCGGAAGGGUACAAGGGCAUUACGUGCUUUAUUGUGGAUCGAGACAUGGUAGGACUUGAGAUUGGCAAACCCGAAGAGAAGCUGGGCAUUCGUGCAUCGUCGACGUGUCCUGUCACACUCGUGGACGUGAAAGUACCGAAGGAAAGCAUCUUGGGGGAGCUUGGGAAGGGUUACAAGAUUGCAAUCAGCACGUUGAAUGAAGGGCGCAUUGGCAUUGCGUCACAGAUGUUGGGACUGGCUCAAGGCGUGUACGACCAGACACUUCCGUACUUGUUCGAGCGGUAUCAAUUUGGAACGGCAAUUGGAGAGUUUCAAGCGAUGCAGCACCAGUAUGCGGAAGCUGCGCUGGAUAUCGAGACGGCGCGUUUGUUGGUGUACAACGCUGCACGACUCAAAGACGCUGGUCUUCCUUUUGUCAAACAGGCUGCAAUGGCGAAGCUCCACGCGUCACGCGUAGCUGAGAAGACAGCGUCGAAAUGUAUUGAGAUGCUCGGUGGGAUCGGUUUCUCCAAGUACUUGCUCGCGGAGAAAUUUUACCGCGAUGCAAAAAUUGGCUCCAUUUACGAAGGCACGAGCAACAUGCAGCUCACCACGAUUGCAAAGCUCGUCGCUGAAGAAUACAGAAAAAGAUAG